AUGGCUAUGCGAUGGCAGAGCGCGAUUCUACUACUACCGGCCCUACUUGAAUGCACGUGGGCAGCGGAUACGAGCAGUAGCUACUCGAACAGCACCCAGACAUCAAAUGCAUCACCCAUCACAACAUCUUCCGCUUCCGGCAUCUGGACAGUUCCGGCGACCGGCAAUGGCUCAAGCUACGACUGGGGAUGCAACAGCGAAUGGUCGAACUACACCUACCUAGCCAGCAGCGGCGGCUUCGGUGGCCAUAAUGUCACGUCCACGUACCUAGCCACACAAUUCACCGCCUCCACGACACAGCUCUGCGAUGGCCAUAACCGCAUCAUCGGCACGCUCACGCCCACGGCCAGCUCCACAUUUACGACCGUGGACUAUGCAUUCCUGAAUUAUACUGGUCCGCCUCCCAGCUGCACGAUUGCUCCGCCGGACUGCACGUCUAUGUGGGAUCAGUACAACUCUGCGGUAUCAUCGUUCAGUAGUAUGGCGAGUGUUUAUUUCUCGACACGGACCGAUAGUAGUGCACCUGUUCCAGGCGGCAUCACAGUUGAUCUGCCGCAGUGUAGCCAGACUGCCUUGCCGACGACUACAGGUGUCACCACCAGUUAUACCCGCAACAUGUGCGCCACAACUUUGGGUGCCUCGACGGUCUGUCCUUAUGGCCAGGUAGUCUCCAAUUAUACAGCAGCUGGAGCGGGCGGCCAGGCCACUGGUGCCUGCGAAUACAUGUCUGCGACUCAAUCGAGUGUGCCGGACUCUGGGCCAUCCGUGGUGUCAAACGGCCAGACGUACUACGAGAACAAAGCAUACAUUUCCUACCAAACAGCAUACGCGUCGAACUCCUGUGGCAGGAUCGGAAACACAUACGCUGGUGGCGUCGUUGGUCUGCCUUCUUCGUCCGUCUACAGCAUAUCUGGAUACCACGGCGAGCUCUACGACUAUGCCUAUCAAGUCAACUUCGCCGACUUCAUCCAUCCCAUCCCGGCAAGCGCCUACUAUGCCAUGGCCCAAUGCACGGACUCGGGCAACAUUAAAUCACUCGGGUAUCCAAAUAUGGUCAACAACAAAACCCUAGCACAAAUUUGCAGAGACCCAGGAUAUCUGAUCUACGACGGGCUGUUCGCACCAGAAUUAGCAGUUCCGCCGGCGUUUCGGGACCUGGAUCCUGCAUGGUCGAACUGCUUGCUUAGCUUGAAUGGGCUGUGGGAUCCUCCAAAAGCACUGCAGCCUGUGAGUACAGAAGCGGGGCCGACUACGCCUGGGCAGGGUAACACCGCUACGAGCUCUGCCACGCCGGCACAGUCGCCUGAGACGCCUGCUACUACCACUACUGGAAUUCCGGUGACAACGACACUGCCUCCUAUAGAGAGUCAGGUGGUUGGGUCUGGUUGGACUUCGUCACAGGGAAACACUGCUCCUGCUGCGCCUUCGUCAACAGCCAAUGUUGGGGAUGUGAUUGCUUCUAUUAUUGCUAUGUCUGGGAAGUCGGCGACUGAGACCGCCUCAGCACAGGGCUCUGGGAAUGGAAACAGCCAGCCACAAGCUAACACGGGUACUGGCACUUUCGAAGGUCCGGCUGUGAUCGUGAGCAGCUCCCAGGUUGGCUCGAGCGCUGGCAGUGGAGGUAUCGCUACAGCAGCUGGUCAAGUCUUCUCUGUCGAUCCCGCGAACACGAACGGAGUAAUCGUAGCAGGCCAGACUUUGACUCCGGGUGAUGCGACUGUUAUCAGCGGAGCCCAGGUCUCUGUUGCGACUGGGGUGUUGGUUGUCAAUGGGUCGAGCGUCAGCAUUGCUCCGGCAGCUAGUUCGACAAGCAAGAGUUCAGCCACGACAGGUGGCUCGUCGAGUGGAGGUAGUGGAGGUCCUCAGGCGGCCGCUACUGUUUCGACAAAUGGAGCAGGACCGGCUUUGUUGCCUGCCAAUGUGCUGCUCAGUGGACUUGUGGGCUUUACAGCAAUAACAGCGAUGAUAUUGUUAUGA